AUGCCGGAUUGGUGGCAGAAUCGAUAUGACCGUGCGAAAACGCCUCGAGCGAACGCAGCUUUAAAUGGCGACACGCCCCUGGUCUGGACAAUCGAUUUCGAUCAAGAUCGCGUCUUCUACGACCGAGAUGGCUUUCACCUGGUGCGCGAGCUCAAUACAUCCGACGGCCGGCCUCUACGACUGCGUCAAUUCAAGCCAUAUGUACCUCUGAAGCUCUCUUCGAGGCCUACCACCGCAUCCUCCGCAAUAUGCUCCCGAGAAGUUGCACCUCAAGACGUAAUUCCAAAGCAACUGUUCGACCUAGUGUACCGCAUCACAUCUGACUACGAACUUAACUGGAGGGAGGCGGGAUACAACGUCGAAGAUUACGGACUUACCCAGCUUGCCAUGGGUGUCCUGAGUUGCUUCACGCUCAAUUUCCAAUCCCUCACGAUUCAUCCCAAUCAACUCCACUGGAACAUGCGAAACUGGCGCGAGGGUGUCUGCCCCGAGAAGCUGCUGCACUGGCGCGCGUGGCCAAGUCCCCAGAUCGUGCCGGCCAUCUAUCUGAAUGGAGUUUACUUCAUCUUCACAGAGCGCAUUAGCGACGCUAUGUCCCUUGUGAACGACCACUACGUCGACGUAGCGUUUGACCCUUCUAAGCAUAUAGCGGAUACCGAUUUCUUUUCUGAUACAACCUGGUGCUGCAACCCGACCUGCAACAUCACAUACAUCGUAACCUCGAUCACCCACAUUCAAGUCUAUCGGAAGGCGCAGAGGAGCGUCAAAUGCACGCCCGUAGAGCCGUUCUUCGAUGGUCAGAACCCUCCCUCCGAAAUCGCUGUACGCUGGAUGCUAAAUGCAAUCCACGGAGAUGCAUACCCGCUCACUACACGUAUCCAUAAGCUUCCUCUCGAGCUGCAAGAGAUGAUACUCGACUACGCCUCUGGCGGCGAGAUCGACCGGGCUUACUACGCAGGUAUUCUCGGUCUCGGCAUCCCGUUCGAAUGGAAGAGCGGCGGCAUGCCACUCAAACGCCUCAAACUGUCAAAGAACAGGAAAAUUAGCGAGACGUUCCACGAGCAGCAAAUACACUUCUGGAACAACUUCGUUGGGAUAACGUAUCAGCCCGACGACGGGCGAGCCCCAAGCCGCUCGCCGGAGCCUGACUUCUCCGAGUAUGAAGAAGAUGAGCUGCUGUAG